CUGGCUGGUGGUGAGCAAAAUCAGUUUAACAACAACCAGCUUAGCGGCAGAAGGUUCACCAAGAUUACUAAGAAAGCUUAAAAUGAAAUUGCUUGUACUUUUAAACAUUGCUUUUUGCAUUGUGGCUGCGACGCACGCCGAGUCCUACAUACCCAAUUCACCGGAUCCAAAUAAUCCCGGUCAUUGCUUUCACAAGGAGUUGCAGCUCCCCAUCAAGCUAAAUGACAGCGUCAAGCCAACCAAUGUGGACUUGUGUGCCGAGCUAACCUGCCAGGAGGAAGGUUUGAUACGUCUCAGCCAGUGUCCACGCGUGCAACCCAGCUGCAGGGAUUUUAAAUAUCUGCCCACCGAUUUUAGUAAACCAUAUCCAGAGUGUUGUGAACGUUAUACGUGUAAUAAAUAAGUAGUUGAUGAUGAAGAG